AUGAUGGGCUGCACGGUCAGCCUCUCGGGGGUCAGCCUCCCAGGCAGGCCUGCACUCACCUGCCCCCCGAUUCGGGCCCUGGCGCAGCCCGGAGUGGGCUGCCCCAGCCCCUCCCCCUGCACUGAGUGUUCACCGCCAGGCCGAACCCCUGACACGAGACUGGCCGCCACUGGCCUUCCGGGAGGGCCCCAGCCGCCCUCCCACCGGCUGCGAGGCCAGCGCAUCCUUCCUCACCUGGGCGCGUCGUCCUCGCUGGGGGGGACCCCACUUCCCGACCUCUGUGCAUGGCCUGAGGCUGCCUCUGGCGCCUUCGCUCAUGAGCAGCCCCAGCUGUGGUCCUCGCUGGACGCCCCGCCUUCCAGCCGGCGUGCGGGCGGCCACGGGCUCCCCAGAGCCGCUCCGGGGAAGGCUGGCCUCGAGGCCCGCACACGACCCGCUGGGGAGGCGCCGCUCGCCGCCCCAAACCGGGCCCCUUCUUGUGGGGCGUGCUGGGGCCGCCUUUCCGCUGGCACCAGGUGGGGCUACUGGCAGCCUCCGGAGCCUGGGCGGGGGCCAGCUGGCUGGGCCGGGCCUGACCCCGGGGAUCCCGGCAGGCCAGGUCCUGCGCCGGCCGGGCCCCGGGGCAGUGUGGUGGUGCAGCCAGCGUGCGGCUCCAGGGCCGGGCUGGGCUCACACCACCGGUCGGUCGGUUCCGGACACGGCCUCACGGCCAGCCAGGACGCAGCCCGGGCACCUGCUGUCCGGCCUGGCACGGCGGCCCACGAGGGUCCCUGCCGGGCCCCGCCAGCGCCGCCGCUUCUGUUUUGCAGCCUCGAGUUGCUCGGAGACCCCAGGGCCUCCUUCCGGCCGCGUGGUCAGAGGGACUCGGGACCGGCCCCUGCCAUGGGCGGCGCCGUGGUGGACGAGGGCCCGGCCGGCGUCAAGGCCCCCGACGGGGGCUGGGGCUGGGCCGUGCUGCUGGGCUGCUUCGCGGUCACCGGCUUCUCCUACGCCUUCCCCAAGGCGGUCAGCGUCUUCUUCAAGGAGCUCAUGCGGGAGUUCGGCAUCGGCUACAGCGACACGGCCUGGGUGUCCUCCAUCCUGCUGGCCAUGCUGUACGGCACAGGCCAGCCACCGGGGCUGUCCACCGGCCGGAAGGCCCCGUCCAUGCGGUGA